AUAUCUAACCCUAACUUGUCCAACUCCUUAUGCUUUCUCUGUCUCUGAAAAUGAAAAUGAGAACCGAGUUUUAUGAUUUUUGCUUCUUAUCAUCAUAUUCUAUUGUUAUUUUCAUUUCAUUUCUUCAACAAUCCAAUGCUAAAAUGAACUAUGAUAGUUACUUAAGUAAUUCAAAGUUGGGUGGGUGUGAUAUAUUCCAAGGAAGUUGGGUGUAUGAUGAGACAUAUCCUUUAUACGACACAAGCAAGUGCCGUUUUAUUGAGAGUGAAUUCGAUUGUCAAAAGAAUGGCAGGUCGGACAAGAUGUAUCUGAAGUAUAGAUGGGUGCCUAGUGGUUGUGCAUUACCAAGAUUUGACGGUCCAAAAUUAUUGGAGAAGAUUAAAGGGAAGAAAAUAAUGUUCGUAGGGGACUCUCUCAGCUUAAAUCAAUGGCAAUCACUUACAUGCAUGUUACAUGCAUCACUCCCUCAAUCAAAUUACACUAUUGACAGAAAAGGAAGCCUCUCUACCUUUACUUUACAUGAGUUUGAUGUUUCUUUGAUUCUGUCACGUAACGCUUUCUUAGUAGAUUUAGUUGAAGAGAAAAUAGGGACGGUUUUAAAGCUUGAUUCCAUUGAAAAUGGGAAAGAUUGGAAAGGAUAUGAUAUGCUCAUCUUCAACACUUGGCAUUGGUGGCUUCAUAAAGGAACUAAUCAACCGUGGAAAUUUAUUGAAGAUGGUAAAACAAUAAGAAAAGACAUGGACCGUUUGAUUGCUUUCAAGAAAGGAUUAAGUACAUGGUCCAAGUGGGUAGACACCAACAUUAAUCCUAACAACACCACAGUUUUCUUUCAAGGCAUUUCUCCAACCCAUUAUCGUGGCGACGAAUGGAACGAAACCAAGUCGACGUGCAUGGGGCAAACGCGACCGAUAAGUGGUAAAACGUACCCCGGAGGUUCACUAGAAGAAGCAAUGGCCGUAAAACAAAUAUUAGCGAAGAUGAAAGUGGCCGUUACGUUACUUGAUAUCACUACUUUAUCACAGCUUCGAAAAGAUGGGCAUCCGUCUUCCUUUGGAAAUUAUGGGACAGUUAAGGGAAAUGAUUGUAGCCAUUGGUGUCUUGCUGGUGUUCCUGAUACUUGGAAUCAACUCCUCUAUGCCAUUCUUCUCCAAAAUCACCAUCAUUAAUUUCAAUUUGUAUUAUACUAAAUGAUAACGGCAGUAUUUUAUUAUUUCCAAA